GGUGGUGAAGCUGCCAUCUAUGACUCGAAAUCUCCAAGCUUCGGACUUCGCGGAGAAGAAGUAGAUGAGGCUGCUAAGCUCGUGGAGCUUCUUUUGCACAUAACAUAUCUUAACGCUGCUAACGACGUGUAUCGCAUAGAUGAGCGGCGCCCGCGGUCAAUUGCAUAGCGCGGAGUCGGAGGGGAACAUUAGUGCGUACUGUACCUCUAUUCUAUGCAGCUGCUGGUCGCUGCCAGACAGCCGAAUGAUCUCCAUUCAUCGAGCGCCAUGAUAUUCGAGCACCGUUCUUCCUCCAUGUGAGCCUGUGGAGUGAAGCGAUCCUGCGCCGGAGCUUCAGUUCAAGCGAGCACAGCUGCAACAUAAUACGGCGUAUUAUCGAAAAUCGAUGACAUCUGAAGAGCUGUAUGUCUCGUCCCUCCGAUUGUAACCACUGGAAUCGAAGCUGUUGUCAUCGUCCUAGCUCUGCGAUAUGAGGAUGCAGGAUUACUUGGCGGAUAAGGGUAGCUCGAUGUUGUCUGGAGAGCAGAUUGAGUCAAAGAAUGGAUCUGUUGGCAUGUUUGGCAGCGCAGCUGCCAAUCUAGACACCGCGGCCACCGCCCGCGAAAAUCCAAGUUGUCCGCCAAGACCGAAAUGAUUGGCUGAGAAAUUUCGCAGAAGUAAUAUGCAAUCAAAGAUUGAAGGGAAAUUUGACUUACCCCGGAUUUCAGCGUAGAACGUCAAUCGAAACAAAGAUUAAAGGGG